AUUUAAGAUGUAACGUACAUAAACGAUUUAAAAUCACGUGCUUGUCAGUGUGUUUACAUUACUAUGUUACCAAACAUUACUUUGUCGGUAAGACUGUAUGAAGUCGGAUUGUUUUCGUCGACGGACCAACUUCUGGUUGUGGACGCAUGGUUUUGCCUUACUCCAAAUGUGAAUCUUAGUGAGCAUCCAAUGAAAAUAUGGCAGCACUUUGGAAUCUUGGCAACAGCAUCAGUCAACUGUCAGUUUUGGUUACAGCGUCAGUCCAAUAUCUAUCUAUGAUUCCUUUGAGGACGACAUACAAAGGCUACAGCACCGUGGCUAAUGUACAAGCAGUAGCGGCCUUCUUGAAGGGCGCCCCCUACAGGAAGCACCCGGGUGUGACAGCCCUGAAGACGGUGCACCUUCCGGAGGAGCUGCAGAGGGGGGCGCUGUCCAUCGUACAUGGGGCAGCACUGAGGGAUCUAACAGAGCAGGCACGCAGACUCAGCAACUUCCUGUGGAGCAGGAAAAGGCCCAUGGAUGAAGAGCAGCUUAGGGAAAGGGCCCUCGCUAUGGAGAAAGGCCUCUGGGAGCAGGAGAUGGAAAGCAGAACAGACACAGACAGCCAUCUGGCAGAGAUGCAUAUCCGGAAGAAGGUAUUAUCAGCUCUGAAAAAAACAACGUACCACUGGACUCCGCUGAGGUAUGAUGAUGAACUGUGUCUGGUGUAUCUGGCCGCUCGCUUGGCAGCGGGCUACGCGGCCAUGAGGAGAGCAUUGAAUGAGAUAAAGAAGCGAGACCCCACAUUCACCCCUUUUUCUCUUCUGGACUUUGGUUCUGGUCUCGGAACCGUGGUUUGGGCGGCACGUACGACGUGGGGCGACUCUCUGAAAGAGAGCGUGUGUGUGGACAGUUCCAAGGCCAUGAACACGCUGGCUGAGCGACUACUCCGAGGUGGUAGCGACAAGGAGGACCCUUUGAUCAAACACGUCUACUUUCGGCAGUUCCUUCCAGUCUCCCCCAAGGUGCAGUUCGACCUGGUGAGCAGCGCGUUUGCUCUGUCGGAGCUUCCCUCCAAGCAGGAGAGAAUAGAGACGGUUCUGACGCUGUGGAGGAAGACUCAUUCCUAUUUGGUUCUGGUGGAAAAUGGGACUAAGGAAGGUCAUCAGAUCCUGAUGGAGGCCAGAGACACAGUACUGAAGGGGGAAGAGAAAACGAUGGACCCCAGCCGUCCUUUCGUGUUCGCCCCGUGUGCACACCAGUUACCCUGCCCCAAGCUGGCACAACAAGCCCAGGUGCCCUGUAAUUACCCCCAGCCAUUCUGCCCUCUGCCACUUCCGGGGAACCGUGAACAGGAGGUGGAGCAGUUCAGUUACCUGGUCAUGGCCCGGCAGGAACCGGGAGUUGAGAACGCAGGGCUGGAGUGGGCCCGGCUGACAGGGCCGGUGUUACGAAGGCCCCGCCACGUUCACUGCCAGCUCUGCUGUCCCGACGGAGAGCUGAGGAGGGUCGUCGUCACCCCCAGCCGCCACGGCAGAGACGUGUACCGCUGCGCCCGGAACAGCGACUAUGGAGAUCGGCUGCCAAUCAUGAAGCCAGAAGUGGAAACCAUCACGGAAUGAAAGGACCCAUCCAAGAAGGGUUUCAAAAUACUCCACUGAUCUAACAAACAACCUGAGAUCAGAGAAAAACACUCUUCGGAUUUAUGUCUCAGAAUAAAAAUGUAGCAGAGCAAAAGA